CUAUGGACAAGACUGUUUGGGACUGGUUUCUGGUUUAAAGUCUUUUAUUAAAAGUUUAAAAAUUUUUUUCAUGUUCAAAGCAAAGUGCAUUUUGAACUAUUUCUAUUCUUCAUCCAUUUAGUUGUUUGAAUCAGCAUAUUUUGAUUUUUGCAAAAUUUCAAAGAUGCCUAGGUUUUGUUGCGUUCCCAAGUGCCUCAACAAUAAUAAAAAUAAAAAAUGCUUUCAUAUACCCACCAAUAAAGAUGUUCAGAGAAUAUGGCUGCAGCGGAUCAACAACAGUAAAGUACCCUACUCAUCUCGAAUUGAUCUAUAUGUAGUCUGUGAGGAGCAUUUCAAUCAGGAUUGUGUGAGGCCGAACGGUAAAUUGAUAAAAUUCUCUUUACCAACACUAAACUUGCCUGAUUAUUGUGCCGAUCCAGAGAAUAAAGAUAUAUUUUUUCAAAACCACCUACAGGCCAACCAUCUGAUAGAGAAGAAUCUCCGAAUGGAGCACAGAUUUCCACUUCCAAAUUAGAAGAUUCUCCAAAAUUAUUUAGGGUACUCGUACCAAAUAGAGUAUACAGCAGAAGAAAAGAAAUUUUAGCUGUAAAAGAAGAAGACUUGGUUAAGAGGGAAUGUGAAGAUAUCCCAGAAGAACCUCAACCAUUAAUGAAACAAGAUCCUGAAGAUGGUUGGUGACAACCGGAAUGAACUGCAGUUAACCCUUUUGGAUGACACCGAAUGCAAACAUCAUUGAGCAGAUAAAAAAAAAUACCCUCCCAUUCGGAUCUCCGGGGGAGGGUGC